GGCAGCUUCAAUAGUAGUAUGGCGUUCACAUACAUUCUCUUCCAAGUGGCGAUCGCCUUGCUGGCGAUUUUUACUUACUAUCUUCACCGUAAAUUAACAUACUUUAAGCGUCGAGGGAUUCCUUUUGAGAAACCCCACCCGAUCAGGGGAAACUUUGAGGGAUUGAUGAAAACGAAAAAUUUUCACCAGAUUUACCAAGAUCACUACAACAAAUAUCGGGACAGCAAAGCUCCCUUUGUGGGAUUUUUCCUUUUCCAGAGACCGGCUGUCUUUGUCAUUGAUCUGGAUCUGGCCAAGAAUGUACUCAUCAAGGAUUUUUCAAACUUUUCCGACAAGGGCUUGUAUUACAACGAAAAAGAUGAUCCCAUUUCCGCUCAUCUCUUCAAUCUGGAUGGUCCGCAGUGGCGUCUGCUCAGGAACAAGUUAUCCUCGACUUUCACAUCGGGAAAAAUGAAGUACAUGUAUCCAACAGUGGUUUCCGUUGUGGACGAAUUUAUGGCAGUGAUGCAUGAAAAGGUGGAGCAAAACUCUGUCCUGGAUAUCCGUGAUCUGGUAGCCAGGUUCACGGUGGAUGUCAUUGGCACCUGCGCCUUUGGCAUCAAGUGUAACAGUCUACGCGAUGAAAAGGCCGAGUUCCUUUACUUUGGCAAGAAAUCGUUGGUGGAAAAGCGACAUAGUACUCUGUUGAAUGGACUCAUGCGCAGCUAUCCCAACUUGGCCAGAAAAAUAGGUUUCGUCCGAACUGCCCAGCAUAUUCAGGACUUCUAUCAUAGAAUAGUCACCGAGACUGUGGCAGCGCGAGAAAGGGAGAAUAUCAAACGGAACGAUUUCAUGGACAUGCUCAUCGAAAUGAAAAAUCAAAAAGAAAUCACUCUGGAUAACGGGGAAGUGGUCAAGGGACUGACCAUAGAGGAGAUCCUUGCUCAAGCGUUUAUAUUUUUCAUAGCUGGCUUCGAGACAUCCUCCUCCACCAUGGGAUAUGCUCUCUACGAACUGGCCAAGAACCCGGAUAUCCAAGAGAAGGUUAGAGCUGAAGUGGAAGAGGUUCUGCAGGAACAUAACCAAAAGUUUACCUAUGAGUGCAGUAAGAGUUUCAAGUAUCUCAACCAAGCUAUAAAUGAAACUUCACGUCUCUACACCAUUGUACCCAAUCUGGAUCGGGUGGCCAACAAGCGUUACGUUGUUCCCGGACAUCCGGAGUUCGUCAUUGAGGCUGGUCAGUCGGUCAUUGUACCCUCUUCUGCCAUCCACCACGAUCCCACCAUCUAUCCCGAACCCCUCGAGUUCCGACCUGAGCGAUUCUCUCCGGAAGAGUCGGCAAAUCGUCCUUCGGUCGCCUGGCUGCCCUUUGGAGAUGGUCCUCGGAACUGCAUUGGAAUGAGAUUCGGACAGAUGCAGGCUCGCAUUGGACUAGCCCUACUCAUCAAGAAUUUCAAGUUCUCAACCUGCUCCAAAACUCAAAUUCCUCUGGUCUACGAUCCCAAAUCAUUUGUACUCGGUGUCAAAGACGGAAUCUAUCUCAAACUGGAGGCGAUCUAAAUAGAAGAUUAAGAUCCAUUAAAUCGAUACCAAAGCUUAUGGAA